AACCCAGCCCCGCCUCCUGCCGUCCGACCUCCCGGGCCUGAAAGGGACAAGGUGUCCGAGUCUUUAGGUCUGCGCGGGAGCCGAGGCUGCGCACCUGGGUAGAGACAGGAUUUCGCCACGUUGACCAGGCUAGUCUCGAACUCUUGGCCUCCAGCAGUUCACCUCCCAAAUUGCUGGGAUUACCACGCCCAGCCGAGUAGUUCUUUGACAUUAGCUUUAAUGAAGCUGAACCUCCACAGUUCUCUCCACUCUUCCAGGAGCAGCAGAAAAUGAACAUCUCUCAGGCAUCAGUGUCAUUCCAGGACGUGACUGUGGAAUUCAGCCAGGAGGAGUGGCAGCACCUGGGCCCUGUUGAGAGGACCCUGUACAGAGACGUGAUGCUGGAGAACUACAGCCACCUCAUCUCAGUGGGAUAUUGCAUUACUAAACCCAAGGUGAUCUCCAAGUUGGAGCAAGGAGAAGAGCCAUGGUCCUUAGAAGAUGAAUUCCUGAACCAGAAGUACCAAGCUUUAUUGAGAUGUAAUUCACAUUCCUACAAUUCACUCCUUUAAAGUGUACCAGUCAGUGACUUCAAGCAACCACAGAUCAAAACUAUUCUGGGAAGAAAUAUUGCACUUUCAUUCAACAUGUAUGGACAUUUUUUUCCUGUCAGGGUUCCCUGAACAAUAUACUAUAACAACUAUUUACAUUAUAUUAGGUAGCAUAAUUAAUAUGGUGACGAUUUAAAGUAUACAAGAGGAUGUGCAUAGGUUAUAUGCAAAUGCUGUGCCAUUUUUAUCAAGGACUUGGGCAUUUAUGGAUUUUGGUAUUCAAGAGAAUCCUGGAACCAACUCCCCAGGGGAUGACUGUAUAUGUAAACAUCACCACAGUUAAUUUUCAUCACCUCAAAGAAACCUGUACCCUUUAGUUACCACUCUCCUGUCCCCCCUGCCCUCUGCAGCCCUAGGUAACCACCAGUCUACUUCUGUCUCUAUAGAUCUGCCUAUUUUGGACAUUUUAUAUAAAUGGAAUCAUAUAGAAUAUGUGGUCUUUUGCGAUUGGUUUAUUUUGCCUAGCAUAAUGUUUACGAGUGCUGUUAUAGAAUGCGUGUUUCAUUCUUUUUAUGGCCAAAUAAUGUUCCAUUGUAUGGAUAUACCACCUGUCUGUCCAUUCAUCAGUCAGGAGGUAUUUGGGAUUCCACCUACAAAUAAUGCUAAUAUAAACAUUUAUUUACAAGUUUCUGCAUGGA